AUGGCUACUGGCGACGCAAGCGAUGGUUUCGCAUCAUUGGUUGACACAGGGUUUGACUUUGGUAGGCUCCUCAGGUCCAUGGACGACGACGUCGGAGGCAGCUCUAUGGGCAGCGACCUUUGUAAUCUAUCCAUUGAUAAUAUGGGAUUCGACGCGCUCGCUGGCGACAAUUACUAUGCCCACCCUGAAUCCACGCCACACUCUUCCACCAUGUCGCCCAACGAUACGGUGGUGUCAUUGCACGCGCCGCCACCUGAGGUAUCUGUAACAGUGAUGAUGGCCUCCGUUCCACCAAGCAUGUGGCAAGAUGACGCGCAACACUCUCCAGACCCACGCGAAAUAUAUCCUCCUACUUCCAUCACAUCUCGCUCCUUUAUCAGUCCUGUGUCUACCUCGUCCGCAAAAACUUCGCCCUCAACAUCUCCAUCUUCCAGUCUGUCGCCGAGUACGACCGUUGCGAGAGGCUGGAUCAAUUACGGCGGUGACUCACCGCCGCCCAGAUCCCAGACGUCGUCAUCGGAUAGUUCUUCGAACGAGUCACUGCCUUUAACUGCACGGCGGGAGAAACGGAGCAUUCUUCGAUCAAGUACCUCUCCAUACGACAUAAAUAAUGGACGGAAAGCCCAAUUUCCCGGCAAUAACAAACCUUCUGGCUCCACCUCCAACACAGUUAUCGAGCUGCUCAAUUUUACAUUCAAACAAGCCCUCUGCAAAAAGUACCCGAAAUUCGCCAGGAAUCCCGAGGAUUACUUCUACGCUGAGGUCCUCGAUGACAUCAAUAUCAAUUCCGUUUGUCUUCUCUGUCCUCCUGAUUCGCAAACGACCUUCACCCCUCGCCACGCCAGAGAUGCCCAUUCUGCUCCUGGAGAAGGUAAAGAUCCGUUCAUUUACCUGGCCUGCUGCGAGGCCAAACCCCGAAAACCUACAUCGCUUUUCGUCAAGUCCGGUGCACUAAAGAGGCACUUUAAUUCGAGUUAUCAUAAUGAGAACAGGUUCAGAUGUCCGUACUGUUGUUCAGCAUCUUCUCGCCCAGAAACGGUCGCUAGACAUCUGACGAAGUGUCGUUCCCUGAAGAGGAUACUCAGUGAGGGAGAUGGGAGCGAUACGUCAGAUUGAGGGUUAUGAUACCGCCUCGACAUGAUUAAAAUAUGUAUAUGAUGACGGGUGUAUUUUAUUUUAGUACGGAUCCCAAAAUUGGAG